GCGGCCCCGCCGGCGAUUGGCUGUAGAGAGAGGAGUACGCCGCGGCCGUUGGUCGCCGGCAGCACGGAGGGAGAGCCGGGCCGGGCGGGGGCGAUAUGGGGCGUCAGUGGCGGCGGCGGCGGCUGGAGGAGGCGGGCGCGAACGAGCCAGCGGCUGCGGCAGUCUCCGGAGUCUUCCUGUGAAGCGCCCCUGUCGGCGCCUCCGUGGGCCCCUCGGAGAGGGCGGCCAGUAAGCGAGCCGCUGAGGAGCCGCUCCCCCAGCGCCGCAGCCCUUAGGACUCUCGGUCCCAUCCUCUCGCUCCUGCUCCAGCUCCUCCAUCUUGGCCUCGGCAGUGGCGGCUGCCGGGAGGAUGUGCCGCCUUCUGGCAGGGGGAAGAAGGAGGAGAAGAUGAAGAAGUACCGCCGGGCCUUGGCCCUGGUCUCCUGCCUGUCUCUGUGCUCCCUGGUCUGGCUUCCCAGUUGGCGUGUAUGUUGUAAAGAGAGUUCUUCAGCUUCAUCAUAUUACUCUCAAGAUGACAAUUGUGCACUAGAAAAUGAAGAUGUACAAUUCCAGAAAAAGGAUAAAAGAGAGGGACCUAUCAAUGCCGAAUUAUCGGAAAAAGUGGGCUCAAACUUACCUAUUCCUCCAGAAGAACAUAAAUUAAAAGAUGACUACAUUGUGGAUGUACAGAAUAUGGAGUCAAAAAAGUUAAGUCCAUCUGUAAUUGAGACACUCCCUACAAUUGAUCUACAUGAAGAUUCUUCCAGUGGAGUUGUGGGCAGUGAAAACAUUGAAAAUAUUUCCAGCUCAUCUACCUCAGAGAUCACUCCAAUCUCAAAGCUUGAUGAAAUAGAAAACCCUGGUACUAUUCCUAUAGCAAAACCAAGUGAAACUGAGCAAUCUGAAACUGAUUGUGAUGUUGGUGAGGCCCUUGAAGCGAAUACUCCAGUUGAUCAGCCUUCCUUUGUCAGUCCACCUGAAAGCCUUGUUGGCCAGCAUAUAGAAAAUGUGUCAUCUUCACAUGGCAAAGGAAAAAUAACAAAAUCAGAAUUUGAAUCAAAAGUUUCAGCAAGUGAUCAGGCUAGUGGUGAUACAAAAUCUGCAUUGAACGCUUCAGAUAAUUUAAAAAAUGAGAGUUCUGAUUAUACAAAACCAGGGGAAAUUGACCAUAUAUCUGUAACAAGUCCCAAAGAUCCAGAAGAUAUACCAACAUUUGAUGAAUGGAAGAAGAAAGUUAUGGAAGUAGAAAAAGAAAAAAGUCAGUCAAUGCAUCCAUCUUCUAAUGGAGGUCUACAUGCAACAAAAAAAGUGCAGAAAAAUCGAAAUAAUUAUGCCUCAGUAGAAUGUGGUGCCAAAAUUUUGGCAGCUAAUCCAGAAGCCAAGAGCACAUCUGCUAUUCUUAUAGAAAAUAUGGAUCUUUAUAUGUUGAAUCCUUGCAGCACUAAAAUCUGGUUUGUUAUUGAACUUUGUGAACCAAUUCAAGUAAAACAGCUUGAUAUUGCAAAUUAUGAAUUAUUUUCUUCAACUCCUAAAGACUUCCUGGUUUCUAUCAGUGACAGAUAUCCCACAAAUAAGUGGAUUAAGCUGGGUACUUUUCAUGGUAGAGAUGAGAGGAAUGUCCAGAGUUUCCCUUUAGAUGAACAGAUGUAUGCAAAAUAUGUGAAGAUGUUCAUCAAGUACAUAAAGGUAGAGUUGGUAUCACAUUUUGGAUCAGAGCACUUUUGUCCAUUAAGCCUUAUAAGGGUAUUUGGCACUAGCAUGGUCGAAGAAUAUGAAGAGAUUGCUGAUUCCCAGUAUCAGUCAGAACGUCAAGAAUUAUUUGAUGAGGACUAUGAUUAUCCGUUGGAUUAUAAUACUGUGGAGGAUAAAUCCUCAAAAAAUCUUCUUGGUUCUGCUACAAAUGCCAUUCUAAAUAUGGUGAAUAUUGCCGCUAAUAUUCUGGGAGCAAAAACUGAAGACCUGACAGAAGGAAAUAAAAGUAUAUCUGAGAAUGCCACUGCCACAGCUGCACCUAAAAUGCCUGACUUAGCUCCUGUUUCAACUCCUGUUCCAUCACCUGAGUUUGUAACCACUGAAGGACACAUACAUGAUACAGAGCUAUCAUCACCCGAUACUCCAAAAGAGAGUCCAAUUGUACAGCUGGUUCAAGAGGAAGAAGAGGAGGCAAGUCCAUCUACAGUGACCCUUCUGGGUAGUGGUGAACAGGAGGACGAAUCAUCACCCUGGUUUGAGUCAGAGACACAAAUAUUUUGCAGUGAAUUGACCACAGUUUGUUGUAUUUCUAGUUUUUCGGAAUACGUAUAUAAAUGGUGUUCAGUUAGAGUUGCUCUUUCUCGGCAACGUAGCAGAACUGCUGUGAGUAAAGAAAAAGAUCAUCUCAUGUUGGCUCAACCACCAUUACCACUUCCUGCAGAAUCAGUGGAUAUUUUAGUAUUGCAACCUCCGAGUGGAGAAUUGGACAGUAAGAGAAAGGAAAAGGAUGCUGAAACUAUUGUUCUAGGUGACUUAAGUAGUAUGCACCAAGGUGAUUUGAUUAAUCACAGUGCAGAUGCAAUUGAACUUGAACCAAGCCAUCCUCAAACUCUUUCUCAGUCUCUUCUCUUAGAUGUUACUCCAGAAAUCCAUUCAUUACCUAAAACAGAAGUGUCUGAGCCUAGUAAAUAUGAGGCAGGACCUACACCAUCUCAAGUGAUCCCUCAAGAGAAUUCUGUUGAGUUUGAUAAUGAGACAGAAAAAAAGUCUGAGAGUUUUAGUUCUAUAGAGAAGCCAGCUGUGAUCUAUGAAACAAAUAAACUUAGUGAAGUAAUGGAUAAUAUUGUAAAAGAAGAUAUAAACUCCAUGCACAUUAUCACAAAGCUAUCUGAAACAAUAGUGCCACCUGUAAACACAGCUACUAUGCCAGACAGUGAAGAUGGGGAAGCCAAAAUGAACAUAGCUGACACACCAAAGCAAAUUUUGACUCCUGUUAUGGAUUCUUCUUCAUUACCUGAAGUGAGAGAGGAAGAACAGUCUCCGGAAGAUGCCCUUUUAAGAGGGCUACAGAGGACGGCUACAGACUUUUAUGCUGAAUUGCAAAAUUCGACAGAUCUAGGGUACACUAAUGGAAAUCUUGUACAUGGAUCAAACCAAAAGGAGUCAGUAUUUAUGAGACUUAAUAAUCGUAUAAAAGCCUUAGAAGUUAACAUGUCUCUCAGUGGCCGCUAUCUGGAGGAGCUUAGCCAAAGGUACCGAAAACAAAUGGAAGAAAUGCAAAAGGCUUUCAAUAAAACAAUAGUAAAACUUCAGAAUACUUCAAGAAUAGCAGAGGAGCAGGUUGGUCAUCUUCAACCCUUAUUUACUUUUUAUAUAAAUUGCUUUUGA